AUGUCACUGUACUCCGACAUUGUGUCUGACCAGCUACCGGCGGCCAUCUUGGCAGUUAGGAGCCAUCUUUCAAAUUGGAGUCCCUCUCAGCUGGCUCGGAUUGUUUUCACUGAGUUUAUCGCCUUCUUACGCAAGUACUGGGCGUGUGCCAUAUACUUCAUCAUUAUCAGAAAGCUGUACCGCAUCUUGAGCCGCACCAACAAGCGUGCAUCCAAGUCAAAAAGGAUCAAGAGGUCCGCUGCCUCCAUGCCUGACAGCAACGAGUCAGCUGCCGAGUGCGUGUCCACACCCCGCGCAGUGGAUGUCAGCUUUCUCACUGACACUGCAGAAUACGUGCCAUCGAAAAAUCAGGUAAUCGUCGGCGAUGGAGUAAUCGUAGUAAAUCGAAAUGACCGUUACGUAGAGGUAUACGAGCGAAAGAACGUCGCUAGAGUAGACAGCGUGGAGGCAGAGGUCAAUACUUUGCUUAAGGAGUUUGUGUCUCGUAUCCAGAGAUGA